AACUCUCUCCCUUGAUCCGUCCAGCUAUCGUCUUCUGUGAAUACACUUUUCAACAACAGAUUCCACACACUCUCAUAAUACAUAUUUUUCCGGAUCUUCUCCAAAUCUCCUUUCAAAGAACUGCUUUUAUUUUGUUUUUUUCCUUUUUGUUUUUGAAUUUUCCCAUAUUUUUUGAGAUGAGCACGGGAGAUAUUCUCAGCAUCGAGCCUCUAGAGCUCAAAUUUCCAUUUGAAUUGAAGAAGCAGAUCUCUUGUUCUCUUCAAUUGUCCAACAAAACUGAUAGUUAUGUUGCUUUCAAGGUCAAAACGACAAAUCCAAAGAAGUAUUGUGUUCGACCAAAUGCUGGGAUUGUGUUGCCUCGUUCCACAUGUGAUGUUAUAGUUACAAUGCAAGCGCAAAAGGAGCUUCCUGCUGAUAUGCAAUGCAAAGACAAGUUUUUGCUUCAGAGUGUGAGAACACAUGAUGGCGCAACCGUAAAGGAUAUCAAUGCUGAAAUGUUCAAUAAGGAGGCGGGGCAUGUGGUUGAAGAGUGCAAAUUGAGAGUGCUUUAUGUUUCUCCACCUCAACCCCCUUCUCCUGUUCCAGAAGGUUCUGAGGAAGGGUCUUCACCAAGAGGUUCUGUGUCAGAUAAUGGAAACACAAACGGUGCUGAGUUUUCUAGUGCUUCAAAAGCAUUUGUUGAGCGGUUUGAACCUCAAGAAAAAUCGUCAGAGACAAAAGCCCUUAUUUCAAAGCUGACUGAAGAAAAAAAUAGUGCUAUUCAACAAAAUACCAAGCUUCGUCAAGAAUUGGAACUCCUGAAACAUGAAGGCAGCAAAAGCCGUGCCGGUGUCUCAUUUAUUUUUGUCGCCUUUGUGGGCUUGCUUGGUAUAAUUUUGGGGUAUCUCAUGAAGAAAUCAUAAAUUUGUUUUCCUCUAAUAUUUCCUUUCUAUCAACAAUCAAAGGAUGAGGGAUAAAAGGAAAAGGAAAGUAAUGAGACGAGCAUGGUGAAUUUCUUAGCUUUAUGGAAUUAGCAAACUUGUUUAGAUCAGGUGAAUGUGUUUGUAGUGGGGCAUUCUAAUGAGUCGUGCUUUUUUAUUGACAUACAUUCUUUUUGUAACUUAAGAUCUCUUCCUUUUCUUUUUUUCUUUUCUUUUGUGCUUCACCUUCGAGGGAUUCUGGUAUUGCUGAUAUCUAAGACUUAAUAAUCUACAGGUCUCCACUGUGAUGGAAAUUUCUCUC